CGAACCAAAAAGGAUCGCAUAAAUCACGACGCUCUAAUUGAUCCACGUGUCAUGAUAAACAUAAAGUGGGACCCGUGUUGAGGCUGCACGUUAACGAAGAUUGGGCGGCGGUGUAAUAUUAUAUUAUAUAUAUAUACAUACACAAGUAGCAGAGCUUCAAAAUCUUUAAUCUCAAAAUACAAAAAAUAAAAGAAUUUUAAAGAAGAUAGUGUUGUGAUUGUUUUCUAUAAAAAGUGCAGAUAUUUUCUUUGUCCUAGAGAAAGAGGUGAUAGGAAAAAUGGGUCUCCAAGAGCUUGACCCCUUAGCCCAAUUGAGCUUACCACCGGGUUUUCGAUUUUACCCGACGGACGAAGAGCUGAUGGUUGAAUAUCUCUGUAGAAAAGCCGCCGGUCAUGACUUCUCUCUCCAGCUCAUAGCUGAAAUUGAUCUCUACAAGUUUGAUCCAUGGGUUUUACCAAGUAAAGCGUUAUUCGGUGAAAAAGAAUGGUAUUUUUUCAGCCCAAGGGAUAGGAAGUAUCCGAACGGGUCGAGACCUAAUCGGGUUGCCGGAUCGGGUUAUUGGAAAGCCACCGGUACUGAUAAAGUUAUCUCGACGGAGGGAAGAAGAGUUGGUAUCAAGAAAGCUUUAGUGUUUUACAUUGGAAAAGCACCGAAAGGAACCAAAACCAAUUGGAUUAUGCAUGAGUACCGUCUCAUCGAACCCUCUCGUAGAAAUGGAAGCACCAAGCUUGAUGAUUGGGUUUUAUGUCGAAUAUACAAAAAGCAAUCAAGCGCACAAAAACAGGCUUACAAUAAUCUAAUGACGAGUGGUCGUGAAUACAGCAACAAUGGUUCGUCGACAUCUUCUUCCUCUCAUCAAUACGACGACGUGCUCGAGUCUUUGCAUGAAAUAGACAACAGAAGUUUGGGAUUCGCCGCCGGUUCAUCAAACUCGCUGCCUCGUUGUCAUAGACCGGUUUUAACCAAUCAGAAAACCGGGUUUCACGGUUUAGCUAGGGAGCCAAGUUUUGAUUGGGCGAAUUUGGUUGGACAGAACUCGGUCCCGGAACUCGGACUGAGUCAAAACGUUCCGAGUCUCCGUUACGGUGACGGUGGAACGCAGCAGCAGGCAGAGGGGAUUCCUCGGUUUAAUUAUAACUCGGACGUGUUGGCUCAUCAGGGUUUUAGUGUUGAUCCGGUUAACGGAUUUGGGUAUUCAGGUCAACAAUCUAGUGGUUUCGGGUUUAUUUGAUUGUGUAAUGGUGAUGUAAUAAGAAAAACAUAAUUUUAUUUUUGUCCGAGUCAGAUUAAUUAGUUAAUAUAGUGUAGAAUUCGAACUCUAGGGUUAGAUUUAGGUUAUACGACUUGUAUUAAUUGUAGUAUAUUCGUCGUCAUUUGUCCUGACAUUUACAUUUUUGUAAACUUUUAGCUGGAUAUUUUGUAUUAAUUAAUUAGUUAUAAAAAAGAAACAGACUGCAUUGAUA